CUUGAGAAAAAUUUUAAAUUCUUUGUUACUAGAAAUGUCCUUAGUGGGUAUCCUGGUGCCCCUGGGUUUUUCGUGUGUUCAGACCUUGCCAGAGCCCUCUGGGGAGUGGUUGGAGUCCUGUUCUGGAUGGAGGUGGAGGGUGCAUGGGUUGUGGUUCUCACUUUGUAAAGAUUUUGUAGUGUCCAUUCUUAGCAACUAGCAUUUGCGAUAGGUUAACUUCAAUAGGUGCUUCUCUUUUUGACUUUUAAUGGUGUUAUUAGAUUCAUUUAAUUUGUCCUGCUGUCUAGUUUGCUUUUAUUUUCCAGGCCUUUGGAAACAUAAAACAAGAUGCCCUAAACCUGCCUUUGUACUUUUUAAAAACAAAGCGUUAAUGUCUGUGAAUCCCUGUUUUCAGUUCUCUGUAAACAUAAAUCUACUUACAUAACUCAGAUGGAGAAUGUAAUGUGAGUUGCUGGAUUUUUGCUGCUGUUUCAACAGGACAUUGUUGUGCUGUAGGAGGCGGUGUUCAUUUUGAUGAGGAAUAAUUACAAUAAUGUUAUUGAGACAAAUGCCUCAAAUUGACUUUAUGGAACACAGCCUAAUUAACUUUUAAUCUUAAUAGGAUGUUAGCAGUAGUAAGGAUGAUCGUGUUUCCUCCUCUAAGCAAGUGUCAAUUAUACUGAAUUGAGUCGAUUUUCAACUGCUCACAGCAGCCUCUAGGCCUUCCUCCAGAUACAGGGAAGCCAGAGUCCAGGAUUAAAUAACUCGGGGAUUAUGGUUAUGUUUCCAAACAAUUUGUAAGGCAUUCACUUAAAUUUGACUUCAUUCUAUAAUGGUAAAUGGAAGCAUCCCACAGUGUCCUGCGUGGGAUGAUUCUGUCUCUGUAGCCAGAAUAGAAGUACUGAACUUUUACUAGAUUAUAAUGGUUAUAGUGGUUAAUGAUCUCAGUCAGGGCCUUGCUUUGUGUCCUACUCCAGACCCAGACUUACAGGAAUUAAUGGAUGGACCAUGAUAGGCUUUACCUGAAUGCCAGUUUUAAUGUCUGCCAUUGGGUUCCUUUCUUCCUUCCAUUUCAAAUGUUUUGUUUGCUUCAUUUGAACUCUUUUCUGAAUGCAGGUAGAGCUUCAGACCUCUACUUCAGAUGCUUUGUUUGCUUCCUUUGGGCUCUUUCUGGAUACAGAACAAGAUGGUAGAACCACCUCGGUUGUGGAGAGGAUUCAAAGAGAUGAAGCAGGGAAAACACAACAGUCCCUGGAAAUACAACUGGAGCAUGCAAAGCAAGCCUUUGUGCAACGGGACAAUGCUAGGACUGGGAGAGUCACAGCCAUUGACUUCCGAGACAUCAUGGUCACCAUCCGCCCCCAUGUCUUGACUCCUUUUGUAGAAGAAUGUCUAGUAGCUGCUGCUGGAGGUACCACAUCCCAUCAAGUUAGUUUCUCCUAUUUUAAUGGAUUUAAUUCGCUCCUUAACAACAUGGAACUCAUUAGAAAGAUCUACAGCACUCUGGCUGGCAACAGGAAAGAUGUCGAAGUGACUAAGGAGGAGUUUGUUCUGGCAGCUCAGAAAUUUGGUCAGGUUACACCCAUGGAAGUUGACAUCUUGUUUCGGUUAGCAGAUUUAUAUGAGCCAAGGGGACGUAUGACCUUAGCAGACAUUGAGCGGAUUGCUCCUCUGGAAGAGGGAACUCUGCCCUUUAACUUGGCUGAGGCCCAGAGGCAGAAGGCCUCAGGCGAUUCAGCUCGACCAGUUCUUUUACAAGUUGCAGAGUCGGCCUACAGGUUUGGUCUGGGUUCUGUUGCUGGAGCUGUUGGAGCCACUGCUGUGUAUCCUAUCGAUCUUGUAAAAACUCGAAUGCAGAACCAACGAUCAACUGGCUCUUUUGUGGGAGAACUGAUGUAUAAAAACAGCUUUGACUGUUUUAAGAAAGUGCUACGCUAUGAAGGCUUCUUUGGACUGUAUAGAGGUCUGUUGCCACAGUUAUUGGGAGUUGCCCCAGAGAAGGCCAUAAAACUUACAGUGAACGAUUUUGUGAGGGAUAAAUUUAUGCACAAAGAUGGUUCGGUCCCACUUGCAGCAGAAAUUCUUGCUGGAGGCUGCGCUGGAGGCUCCCAGGUGAUUUUCACAAAUCCUUUAGAAAUUGUCAAGAUUCGUUUGCAAGUGGCCGGAGAAAUCACUACUGGUCCCAGAGUCAGUGCCUUGUCUGUCGUGCGGGACCUGGGGUUCUUUGGGAUCUACAAGGGUGCCAAAGCAUGCUUUCUGCGGGACAUUCCUUUCUCGGCCAUCUACUUUCCGUGCUAUGCUCAUGUGAAGGCUUCCUUUGCAAAUGAAGACGGGCAGGUUAGCCCAGGAAGCCUGCUCUUAGCUGGUGCCAUAGCUGGUAUGCCUGCGGCAUCUUUAGUGACCCCUGCUGAUGUUAUCAAGACGAGAUUACAGGUGGCUGCCCGGGCUGGCCAGACCACUUACAGUGGAGUGAUAGACUGCUUUAAAAAGAUACUGCGUGAAGAAGGCCCAAAAGCUCUGUGGAAAGGAGCUGGUGCUCGUGUGUUUCGGUCCUCACCCCAGUUUGGCGUAACUUUGCUGACUUACGAAUUGCUACAACGAUGGUUCUACAUUGAUUUUGGAGGAGUAAAACCCAUGGGAUCAGAGCCAGUUCCUAAAUCCAGGAUCAACCUGCCUGCCCCGAAUCCUGAUCAUGUUGGGGGCUACAAACUGGCAGUUGCUACGUUUGCAGGAAUUGAAAACAAAUUUGGACUUUACCUACCUCUCUUCAAGCCAUCAGUACCUACCUCAGAGGCUAUUGGUGGAGGCCCGUAGGAAGAUCAGCCCCAGGAUAGUGCUGUCUUUUUGUGGGUACUCAGUAAAGAGCAUCCAGGUAAAGAGCAUCCCUCCUGGGAGUGAAGCGAUGCUUCAUCCCUUUUACAUCCAUCUCUUGUUUAAAUUCAAAUCCAGGCUUUUUUAUCAUGUGAAAUCAUUCAUUUUCUGGGUGUUUUCUUAACCAGAUCAUUGGGAAAUUAUUCAUAAUUAUUCUUUGGCCCUCUGCCCAGAAACCUUUGUUUGUAUCUGAAAAUUGAUGGGAUUUGGUCAACACUAACAUGAUUUGGGCAAAGGAGCAAGUCAGAAUAGAAAUUAGUACUCCCCUCCUUGAACUAGGAUUGUAGUCCCAAAGAGGCUACUGUAAGGCAAUCAUGGUGCUCGGAGCAGUGUUCUGUGUGUGUUUUAAACUGGUAGGAAACUGGGUGCAUAUUUAUACAAAUAAAAAACACUGGAAGACAUAAAAAAAUAUAUAUCAAAUAUAUUCAGCCUAGUUUCAAAUUUUAAGCAUGCACAAAUUCUGUCUCUGGAUUAUAUUAUGAAGCUUUUAUGUGAAACAUGUUUCUUUGUAAUGAAAACCACAUUGGAGAUGUUUAGUAAUCAUAUUCUGUUACUGGUACCAAGACUACUAGGGAAAUGCCUUUGUACUUUAGGGAAGUACUUUUGGCAUUUUAUUAUAUAGACGGAAAAAACUGAGAUGUAGCCCCUCUCCUGGAAGUGCUAAUUUUGAAAAACUGCUCAUGUGAUGUACAUGUACUGAUUACUGCCUAUUUUAAUAAACACUCUUGAAAAAUGCAUGUUACCCUGUUGCUGCCUGCCCUAUUCCCCUCAUCUCCCCAUCAUUGGCACCCACUUGCUUUUAAAAUUCACUUUAUCUUGAAUCAUGUAAGACAAAUAUAUUCUGAUAUAAGUAUUUAAUUCAUGUUGCCUUGCAUAAUGGUCAGAGGCACAUGAGUUUGUGAAGGUGGAAAUAAACUAUUUGUAAAGUGA